GUGAUGAUGUACGGGCAGCUGUACCGCAUCUCGCUGGAUCUGGAGCUUCCGGAGUCGCCGGCAAACCGGGAUCUCGGGAUGUUCAUGGUGUCCAUGAGCUGCUACACCAAGGGGGGCCGCGUCGUGGCCACCUCCGCCCGCUCCGCCAUGCUCCAUUACCGCUCCGGGCUGCUCCGCACGCUGGACACGCUGCUCUUCUCCGGCCUCUUCCUCUCGGGAUUUGCCGAGCAGAAGCAGACGGUGGAAGUGGAGCUUUAUUCGGAUUACCGCGAGGAUUCCUACGCCCCGACCGUGGGAGCCGUCCUGGAGAUCCAGAGCAAGCGCAUCCAGCUUUACGGAGCGCAGCUCCGCAUCCACGCUCACUUCACCGGCUGGCGGUAUCUCCUGUACAACUUCCCGGUCACCUCGGCGCUCCUCGGCAUCGCCAGCAAUUUUGCCUUCCUCAGCGUCAUCGUCCUCUUCAGUUACCUGCAAUGGGUCUGGGGCAGCGUGUGGCCCCGUGAGGUCCCCCCGGCCACGGCAAUUCUCCGGGAUGCUCCGCCUCGGAAGGAGCCGCCGGCACCUGGGAAAGGUCCUGCGGAAAAGACGGACACGGAAGAGCCGGACACGGAGGAGCCGGAGACGGAGCCGGAUACGGAGGAUAUCGGACCUGCGGAUGCGGCUGCUCCGGCCAAGGAUUCCAAUCCCGAAUUUGUAUCCGUGGACGAGUCUUCCCUCCUCACGGAAUCCAACCUCCCCCCUGGUGCCGAGGAAGAGGAGGAGGAGGAGGAAGAGCAGCGGGAAGCCCCCCCCGCGCCGGAGCCGGGCAGAGGAAAGGCGAGCCGGAGCACGUGGCACGGGCGGCCUCAUCCCUCCCGUGCCUCCCAUUCCGGGAAAAACUUCCCAGUGGGAUAUACGGCGCCGGCAUCAUCCCAGCCGCUUUCCAUGAGGCUGAGUCGGGAUCGGGAGCCGCCCGUGGGCUCCGUGCCGCAUCCCGGCAUCACCGGACGAGGCCGCCUUGAUUGCAACCACCUGUGCCAUGAGCUCAGCGGGAUUAAAAACGCUCCGGAAAGCGGGAACGCCGCCGCCGAGCAGCCGUGCCGGGAGCUGCGCUUCCCAGCGCUCAUUCCCACCGGAUCGCG